AUGCACGCGAGCAACGGAGUCGUUGAAUCGGCUACUCCUCAACAAGAUGGCGACUAUAAACCAAUCCUCACAGGGAAGCAAGAACAUUACCUUAAGCGCGAACUCAUCGCCCGCCAGGUUCAAAACGAAAUCUCCGAACUAAACUCCCCAACCGCCCUUCGUCGCUUCGGUGCCCCCUUCAAGUCGGAAUUCGGAGAGGUAGCGCCCAUCGAUUCUGAACUCCCCAUCCUUCGAUACAUCUUCGUUCACCAUGUUCGGAAUUUUCCGUUCUUAGACCAGGCUCGCGAGAAAGAAUUCUGGCAGGACAAGCUGCAAGUGUUUCUUGAAUCAUUCGCGAAUAAAAAUGUGUCGUCCUCCGAGGACCGGCUGGAAGAAACAAAGCGGAGAAAGUUGGCACGUAAAUGCGAGAAACUCGUUGAACUGAUGAUGGUUUCCGGCAUCCCUACCGCAUCGGGUUAUGAAGAGCGUAUCCAGUUCUCAGAGAUGGAGGUAGUUGACCGUGGUGCCAACGAAAAGGGGCUUCUUGUAAACAUGCCGGAAGGGAAUGCGAUCCACGGCUGGGACAUCAAUGUUGCUGGCGUACGGGUAACAUCCGUGCGGCGGACGGUCCGACACCAUAAACAUGCGGAAUUCAUCAUCCGCGUAAGACGAAACGGUCAGCCAGAUAUUUAUGUCGCUCGACGGUUUGGCGAGUUCGUCAAGCUGCAAAAGAGGUUGCAGACCGAAGUACCAGGAAGGGCGGUGCCGCCUCUUCCACGCAAAAAUAAAUCAUCAACAAGCUCAUCCCUCUGGGGUGGUAGCAGUGUGGAGGAUGAUGAGUCUUCCCUUUCAUCCGUCUCGACUCAGGAGAUGGGAACUCCAGAGGACGCGCGCUUAUCUCGCAAUAGUCUGGCUCCCUCGGACAUUAUUCAACGCACACGAUCAAGAUCAAGGAGCUCAGUGAGAAAGUCUCCCAGAUCAUCUGCGGAGGUUCCCAGGGAGGCUGUGCUCUAUCGAGAAGAGCAGCGAAUUUCGCUGCGCGCUUUUCUUCGCACAUUGUUGCAGCAUAAGCGGAUAGCCGAUUCCAAGGCUCUGGAAGAAUUUCUUACUGCGGAACCGUUUGUUCCUGGCCAAGAAGAGACCCGGGACAUGGAACAGCGGAAGGAAGUAGAUGCGAUCAGGAUAGAGGAGCAAAAGCGAUUCUACGAGAUCGCACGUCAACGCGCAGCGGAGCUGGACGUGUAUAUGGAGAAAUUUCGUCGAGACAUUGUAGAAAGCAAUGGGUUGACGAAGCUCUUUGCCGAGAUCCGAGAGAAACCGACCGUCGAAGAUUUGAGCCCUCAAUACCAGAAGUUCGCCGAAUGGCUGCGCAUUGAGGUUGCUGCUACUUUGUACCACCUUUUCCUGGCUGAAGACAAUUCGGCAGAGCUUUUUGCACAAGCCAAACGGAUUCACUCCCUGGUGCCUUAUACAUUAUUGAAGAAUGUGAUCCGCAUCGCCAACCCUGCUGCUGUAAUGACAGGGGUCUUGGACCUCUUCCUUGCCCAGCCUUUUGGCUCCCGGUCUCUACUGCAGCGGAUAUUCUCCAUGACGUUACACGACGGCAUCAAGGGAUUCCAGCGAUCCAUUGAUGCCAUGGCUGCCAAAGUUGACGAUCCUAUUAUUUCUCAGAAGCUGAAAGCGUUCACCGAGGCAGAUGAGUCUGUCAAGAAUGAGAUUCGCAUUGAGGCUGCGGAGGAUGACGUGGACGUUGCCGUGGCUAUUCUUCGGUCGGAAUAUAUCCCAUACGAGCUGACGACGGAGCAGAUUGGCAAGGUCUUUAAUUCAUAUGUUGCCUGGAACCAUGCCGUAGAGCAUGUGGACGAGGAGAUGCGAGAGGGCGCACGGUGGUUCGCCAAUGUGAAACAGUUGCUCAAACUAUAUACACGACAGGGAGAUAAAGCGAAAAUGCUCAGCAUCAUCGAAGAGCCGGUCACGCUUCAGCUCUUCCGCGAUCUUUUCACCAUCUUCUAUGAGCCACUUGUUCGAGUAUACAAGUCAGCGAAUGUCUACAACAGUAUCACAGACUUCGCCAAGUUUGCCGACGACGCAAUCAGUGUGAUUGAGAAGUAUCAAAGACAGGACAUCUCCGCGGACCCCAACCAGACGGUUCAAGCCUUUAUUGAUCUCUGUGAACGGCACCAGAGCAGUCUCUACAAGUUCGUCCACGAGGUACACCUUCAUGACAAUGGAUUGUUCGGGUCCCUGAUGGCAUGGAUUGAGGACAUUCUUCACUUCCUCCGCAGCGGCCCACCUGGUGGCAAGCUUGACAUGAAUGCUUUAUUCAGUGGCGCCAAGGAUAUGGGCCAGAUCAAUCAGGAUCUCGCGCGCGAGGAGAUUGACAAGCUCAUCAAAUGGCAUGAGGACCGCAAGGAGUGGCACCUCAACAAGACACGACAAAAGCUGGCCGCUGAAGGGACCGCUAGUUCUCCAUUCAAGACCAAAUUCAGAUCGAGCGACUUUGGUUUAGAUGAGGCGGAUCUCGAGCAUCUCGCUAUCUCAGACAAUGAUUCUGAGCCCUCUGAUGAUCUUGAAGCCGAAGACGAGGCAGAAGAGGUAGACCCGAUUGCCGUUGAACGGAAGCGGCGGUCCCGGCAACAGGACCACUUGCGCCGUACAGCCGGAGAGCCCGUCAAACCAGAAGUUCAUGAGAUCCUCAAGUUAUCCGACUCGUUUGGUGUUUUGCUUCGCCAGGUGCUGGCGGAUUAA